UUAGAUGCUUUUAUUUUCACAAGGGAGGCUGUGUGAACACUUCUUCACCUUAGGUAGGAGAGGGGAAUGAAGAGACCAUCACCUUCCUUCCCUGCGUUUCCUUUUUAGUUCAUCUAUCUGGCCCUCCUGACUACCAGGUGUGUUCUCUCCGUCCCGGAUUUCUCGGGAGCCGUGGCGGACACACUAAGUGACAGCAAGUCAGAAACAGACUUAGAAGCCCAAUGGUUUCUGACUACAAGAGCUGGAAGAACACACCCGCGUCCAACCUGGCAGCGGGCACACAUACGUCUUAAGCUCAGUGAUGCGCAGGCGCAGCAGGAGGAAAGGAUGCCGCCCACCACUCCGGUGUGCGGCUGCGCACAGAAUCGCUGCCACCCGGAACCGCUGUGCUGAGCUCGCGCCACGUCUCUUCGGAGGGGCCCCUCCCCUCUGCCUGCUAUCGCUCCACCGGAGCCUAGAGAAGACAAGGCCCAGAGCAUCAUGGGCAACGAGGUUCCGCGCGCUUCAUCCUUCCAGAUGCUGAUGCUGCUGCUGCUCUUGCUCCUGCUCCGGGCCGAGCGACUGCGGGGCGCUGAGCUCACCUUCGAGCUGCCGGACAACGCCAAGCAGUGCUUCCACGAAGAGGUGGAGCAGGGCGUGAAGUUCUCUCUGGAUUACCAGGUUAUCACCGGAGGCCACUACGAUGUGGACUGCUAUGUGGAAGACCCCAUGGGCAAUAUCAUCUACAGGGAGACAAAGAAGCAGUAUGACAGCUUCACAUACAAGACGGAGGUCAAGGGCGUUUACCGGUUCUGCUUCAGUAACGAGUUCUCCACUUUCUCUCACAAGACUGUCUACUUUGACUUCCAAGUGGGUGACGAGCCCCCCAUUCUCCCAGACAUGGGGAAUAGGGUCACAGCUCUCACUCAGGUGAGUGGACAUGACAGGAAUAGGAGAGCCCUGCUCUCAGCAUGUUCCUGCUUUUUUGUUCUUGUCCUAGCGGGUGAACCAGAUCACCAUCUAGCUGUAAAAGAUAUUUCUGGUCUCCUGUUUCUAGUCAGAGCCCUCUUGUAUCUGCCCUCUCCACCCUUCCAACUGUCUUUUUCUGGCACAGCACCUCUUUCAAACUUCUGUCAUGUACCUGUCUGUUGUGUGAUAUGCUCAGGUCAUGAAGACCAAAAUCCUGCCUCAGGAGUGUGUCGGUGAGGCUAAGACAAGUUGCUAUAACAAACCCAUAUGUCAGUGCCUAGCACACUGGGAGUUUCUUCCCGGGAUAGUUUGGAAAAUGUUGGAUAAUUACUUGGGAAUCCAGGCUCUGUUUGUUUGUUUUGUUUCUUAAAUUCUCACUUCCUCUUCAUAUUUUCUUUUUCUCCCUUUCCCCUUUCAUGUUAUCUCUCUAUCUCUUCUUUCCUUUCCCUGCUUUUCUUUUCUGAACUUAGGGCCUUGUGCUUGCUAAGCACAUGCUCUACCACAGAACUACGUUCUAAGCCUCAAGGCUCUUUCUCACCAUCCUUCUCCCUUCUCUUAGGCUUCAAACUUCUCUGUCUCUGGAUACCAAUAAGAGGCAGAAAUGAGAAAGGCCCAGCUGUCCCCCUCAAAGCCUUGGCGGUAGUAACACACACAGUACUUCCACUCAUGUUCCUUUGGUGACCACUUGUGUAUUAAGUCAGGAGAGGGCAGCUAUGAAGUACAGUUUCUGAACAACAAAUCCGCAUUGUGGAAGAGAAGUCCAGGCAGCUUUGGAGGAUGGGUAGUUCCCAGUGACCCCCAUGACUCUCAAGAUUAUUGACUAAUCCCAGCCUCCAACUGCAGUCUCCCUCUUUCCUCCCACACCUCGGCUGGGCUUCCCAAGAGCCAGGACUCUGAUAUCUCUCUACCUGCAUGUGCUUAAUACCUCAGUGUAGGAGGCACUCCUUCCACCUAAAGGAGUCCACCAAACACUCAUCUGAUGACUGAUCACCAUGGGGAUCCUGGGGAACCUGUAAGACGGGAAUAACCAUCUUAUUUCACUACCAAAGCCAGGAUGUCUCAAGUCUCUAAGAAGGCCAGUCUUCCCUACUGUGUGCUCUCUGUUCUAUAUCUCUGUGGCGCAUGCCCAGUCUUUUACCGUCUCGGGCCAGUUAGAGAAUAGAGAUGCGUUGCCCAGUACAAUACCCACUAUGCACCUCUGGCUAUUUAAAUAGAAGAUCCAGCUGAAGGGAUAGGUUGUUCUGUUGGUCACUGAUGAAACCAUGGAAGUUUAAGGAAUCCCGUUUGUACCAGUGAGAGAAAGUGAGAGAGAAAAGGUUAAGUUAGAGCAACAGCCUUUCUCAGAGCUUCAGUUUCAGUGUGAUUCUGUUGCAGUGAGGAGGGCAGGUGGAGUUUUUAAAGUUCCUCUUUCACCAGCCCAUUUUUACUCAGUAUCAUAUGGUUCCCCUUUUAGCCAAUGCCUGCUUUCCCACAUCCCCCGAAACAACUAACUGAAAUGUUGUGGUCACAAGCCUUGUGGUAGACUAGCGUCAGUGGAGACCCCAAUGGAUGGGAGGUAGCAUGCAUUUAAGGUGGGGGGGUACUCUCGAGUGUGUGUCACUGUUGGUGACGUACUGCUUUGGGGACGGCGUAGGCCAUGUGUCCUAAUCAUGUGCUAUGGUUGAUAUAUGUCCCCCCACUCCAAGGGUCCAUGUGCUGGAGGCUUGUCUCCAGUUAGCAGUAUCAAGAGGUGGUGGACCCAUGCUGAAAGUGUCAGGCUAGGGCCAAGGUCAGAGGAGUUCCCACUCAGUGGAUCUGGUGACCACCAGGUUUCCGAGUUGCUGUGACAGAACUGAGCUUAGAGGGUGGAUUUCUAACUCUGAGAACCAAAGGAGCCAUACCCUGGCUCUUCAAAACAGAGUACCUGUGGAUUUAUACAAAUGAAAGCAUGUGUGUGUUUGCACCUACUUAUAUGUAUACACACAUAUAUGCGCAUACACAGCCUAUGGCUGAGGAAAACACACCACCCAUGUAUGUGUCUAUCCACUUUUCCUUCUCAUGCUCUUCUUUUUCCCUAAGUUCUCUGACUUUAGACUCCCCCCAAGCCCCUCCCAGCCAGCGUAGGGGCCUUAAUGAAGAUCAUCUUCUUCUGACAGUGCUGUGUCAACUGUAGGGCUGUCUGGAAGUAGAGAGUGAGGAGCAGCAAGUCCCUGAAUACUGCUUUGGUCUCUGGGGAGGAAGAGGCCUCUUCUGCUAGACAUUGGAGGUGUCUUUUGUAACCACUUUCUUUUUUGGCUGUGUUUACUUUGUUAUUGAUGUAUACUUUUUCUGUAAGGACAUUUUUUGAGUUUAUUCUUCUAUACUUCUUUUGCUUGCUUAAAUUAGCAUUCUAUACUACUUUUCAAUCUCUUUAUUAUUUUGAUUUUUAUAACCGUCAUAGAAAUACUCUUCAACUCUUGCUACUGAACUUCUGAGACUACAUCAUAGUUUAUCCUAUUAUACUGCAUGCAGCAGAGCUCCAGGCACUUGGACCCGACUGGGAUGGCGAGGGAUUGAAGAAAAGACAAACACAUUAGAUACACAGGAAGAAAAGCUGGAUCGGGUGGUCUGGGCUCACUCACUGAUGGAGAAGUUCCAGCUCCCUGGAAGGUCAGGGUGUUCUGUACAGUUGAACAGGGAGGUGCAUAUAGCUGUACAAGGAGGCUCAGUUAUUAAUCAGAUAAACAAGGAGCAGAGUUGUCAUACAACGUUCAGUUACACAGCCGAACAAGGAGGCAGACUUAGUCAAUCUUGACAGACGCAGCCUCUGUAAGGCACAAACUCUAGGCUGUAAAGAUCUGAGGGGGAAACCUGCAAUGGAAAUUUUCUGCACAGACUAUCAACAUUUUCUCCACAUUUGCACCAGGACCAUGAAGGAAGGCUUUGCCAUUUCUCUGAGCUUAGCCUGUUUUCUUAUGGGUCUAAGGCAGUAGUUUUCAACCUUCCUACUUCUUUAAUGUAGUUCUCAUGAUGUGAUAACCCCAACCAUAAAUUUUUUUCAUUGCUACUUUAUAACUGUAAUUUUGUUACAGUUACGAAUCAUAAUGUAAAUAUCUGAAAUUUCUGAUGGUUUUAGGCAACCCCUGUGCAAAAGUCCUUUGACCACCAAAGGGGUUGAGACCCACAGGUUGAGAACCACUGGCCUAAGGCAUUGGCAUCCUUGAUGGCCAUGAGCAUGCCAGGAGAGCACACUCACGUAGGACUUCCUUCCUUUCCUCAGGGCUUCCUCCACUACACCAUUAACAUUAAUCAAUCCCAGUUUGCAUCUCUGUUUUAACAGAUUUAUUAUUUUACGUGUAUGAUUACUUGCCUAUGUGUAUAGCUGUACACCAAAGAGCAGCCAGUGCCUUAGGUUCUCCAUGAGCCAUUUGUCGAGGCCCAUUAUUAUUGUAUUUUGUGAGCCAAUGGGUUUAGUUAGUUAAGAUUACUCCUAGCCAUUGUUAGGAGCAUGGGUAAAGGUUAUUUAUUGGAGCAUGAAUAACUUACCAUUUGCUGUGCCUCUCGCAGCAACAAUUAACUGCUGUAGAUCCUCAGUAAGAGGCUGGGUCCUAUCACUGCUGAGCUGAGAUGCUGAGGGAUUUCAGCUCUGUCCCAUCUGCCCCCUUGUUCUCUAAUUUUUUUUUCUACAAGACUUCAAAAACUCAGUCUCCCAAAAUGGAAUUUAUUACCCUCACAAACUUCCUCUUGUUCUCUUUGUUCAACGAACAAAGUAGAAACUUUACUGCUAACACAUAUCUAAUAUGUGGGCCUCCCAGUCAUAUCAGGAGCCCUAAGUCCUUUUCAGCUCCACAAUCCUAAAUCCUAGUGCAGGACCUAGUAAAGAAGAGUUCACUGUUUCUUCAAUAAAUAAUGAGUAGAACAAUUAAAAAAAAAAAAGAGGCUGGGUCCUGUGACUCUUUCCUCCAUGACAAGGUUGACAAGCCCAGUCUUGUGCAGGUAAUCACAGUGCUAGAGUAAGGACUCAUGCUGUUUAGCAGGCCUGAUGUAUUAGCUGUCUGUUACCACAGACACGGUGGCUGAAUGCCACACCCAUCUCUCACCUCACAACUCUGGGAGCUGAGAGUCUGAGCAGGCUCACUGGUCCUCUCAUAGUCUUAGAGAGCUAAGAUUCGAUUGUUGUUGACCAGCUUGUGUGAGAAGAGGAAUUGUCUGCGUUCUUAUUAGUGGUGAUUGGCCAGAUUCCCUUAGCCAUAUGGCCAAGGACCCUGUUUCAUUGACAACCAUUAUGCUGUCUGCCCCAUGAGACAUUUUACGAUUUUUGUAGGGUUUUCUUCUUUGUUCCAGCUAGAGAGAGAAUCUCUACUGUAAGGGGUCGUGUGAGUAGAUCCAGCUGCAGUAUCACCCCCCUCUCUGUCUUAAGGUCAGCUGUUCCAGGUAACAUUGUAACCACAAGAAUGGCGGCUCCCCAUGUCUUAAAUUCCUGGGUAGCAAGCAAGGACCAGUGGCGGCGGUGGUGUUGCAGAUGUUUACAGAGAUCUGCCUACAACAUAGACUGUUUUAGCAGACAUAAGAAACUGUGAAGUUAGGUGUGAGCGUGUGUGUGUAUGUGCAUGGUCUUGUGUUCACACAUGUUUGUGUUUAGACAUGAAACUGUAGGCAUCCAGUAUGCGGUAGAAUAAGCAGUGGAUUCAAAGUUCAGCAUAAAGGAGUCUAGUUCCCCCGACUUGUUAGUCGUGUGCCUCAAGCAGUUUGUCUAGCCUCUUUGAGCUCGGUUUCUUUAUUAGUGAGGAUAAGUAAGCCAUGAUCUGGUUGUCCUUGACCAAGGUGGUGAUUGUGUCUGCCAGGGCAUUGUGAGGAUGAAAUGAAGAGACACAGGAUAGGGCUUACACUGAUAGACUGAUUCUGUCACUUACUAAACUUGAGUGUUGAAUAAGUUUCUUUCUUUGAGCUCCCCCUAGGUUUUCUGUAGGAUUGUAAAACCACAUAAAGUGCUUAACAUAGACUCUCAGAGGCACCAGUGGUUGAUACCUAGGAUUUUGCAGUAAGCACUGGCUGCUGGAUUCUACUCUGCCUGACUUAUGGUUAGCAACUGACUACGUUUUUCUUCCUGCCUAGAUGGAGUCUGCCUGCGUAACGAUUCACGAGGCUCUGAAGACUGUGAUCGACUCCCAGACACAUUAUCGACUGCGGGAGGCUCAGGACCGAGCCCGAGCUGAAGACCUUAAUAGUCGAGUGUCUUACUGGUCUGUAGGAGAGACUAUUGCCCUGUUUGUGGUCAGCUUCAGCCAGGUGCUACUGCUGAAAAGCUUCUUUACAGAAAAACGACCCAUUAACAGAGCUGUCCACUCCUAACCCUGCAGUUCCUCCCCACAGCCCCUCACACCUCUAGGGUCUCAGGCUCCUGCAGGGAUGGCAGUGUGACACAGGGUGAAGGGAGAGCUACAAGGAGACCAAAGGCCACACUUUGUUGUUUGUGCACAUAUCUGAUCCUUGUACUCCAGCAGCUGAAGCUCAGAGCCCAGUAAUCUGAUUGUAUUGUGUGUGUAACAUUGGCCAAAAAUGUUUACGGGUCAAACUAGGGAUUGGCCACUAUGGGAGGGCAGUGAUCCAGUCUGAGGGAGAACGCCAAAUACCCGGGCCUCCAGGGCAGCUUAGGGUCCUGCCACUACUCCAUGAUACAUCAGUCAUUAGAUUCUUGUAUCUUCUUCCACCUCGAGGAGAAAGGAACCCUGAGUUCAUGCCUUCCCUUCACGGGCCUCUCUAUACCUGAGGAAAGCAGGUCUAACCUGGAAGCAGAUAUACAACCAGGACCCAAAUAGUGAGUGGGUGCCCUUGGUUAUCUGUGUCUCCUGGAGGCAGAACUGUGCUAAUAAAAGCCAAGUUUGAGCACUC